GAGUAACAGCACGCAGCCCAAUACUGCAGUGGCUGCUAUUGACUUGUAGUCCAAGUCUGAUAUAUGUUAUGUUGAUGGAGACCAUGGAGUUUGUUUCUGUUAUGCAUGUUCCUCGUAAUUUCAAUAUUAUUUUUUACCAAAUAUCUCUUUACCUUUAGUCAAUAGUAUUGCACACCAAAACAUGAAUAAAUCAUCAUCACAGCAAAGAAGAGUGUUCAAACUGUCACUCUUCCAAACAGUCUCAAAACGGAGAUGGACAAGUCCGAAAAUAGAGCAGAGAAUGAACAACUCAAGCUCUCUAAGUAUGGGGAUGGUUCUAUUUGUGGCUACAAUUCCCUUCAGCAUCUUCUCAAGGAAAAUCUCAAACCUCAUCACUUCCAGGAAGUCAAUCGUCUGCUUACAGGGCUUAAUUGUGGAAAAGUACUUGAAACAAUCGCUCUACCGGAAUCUGCCACAGCUCUCUCCAUGGAACAUGGUUUUGACCUCCAGGCUUUCUGCUUUCAUGCUGAUAAAGAAGUAUUAAGGGAACCUCGAGUUGUGAGGGUUGGUUUGAUUCAGAACUCUAUUGCCCUCCCAACAACUGCGCACUUUAUCGACCAAAAAAAGGCUAUCUUUGAGAAAGUAAAGCCCAUUGUUGACGCUGCCGGUUCAUCAGGGGUCAACAUAUUAUGCUUGCAAGAAUUUUGGAUGAUGCCAUUUGGUUUCUCUACACGAGAGAAGAAGUGGUGUGAAUUUGCAGAACCUGUUGACGGGGAAUCAACUGAAUUUUUGCGAAGCUUUGCACUGAAGUAUAACAUGGUGAUUAUAAGCCCAAUUCUUGAGAGGGAUAUGAACCACGGAGAAAUUAUUUGGAACACUGCCGUUGUAAUUGGGAAUCACGGCAAUAUAAUUGGCAUACACAGGAAGAACCAUGUAACAAGAGUUGGAGACUUUACUGAGAGCACAUAUUAUAUGGAAGGAAAUACAGGUCACCCAGUAUUUGAAACAGAAUUUGGAAAGAUUGCCAUUAAUAUAUGUUAUGGUAGGCACCAUCCUUUGAACUGUUUAACUUUUGGCUUGAAUGGCGCCGAAAUUGUUUUCAACCCUUGUGCCACUGUUGGUGGACUCACUGAAGCAAUGUGGCCAAUAGAGGCACGUUAUGCUGCAAUAACAAAUAGUUACUUUGUUGCUGCAAUCAACCGCGUUGGGACUGAGAUAUUCCCCAAUCCAUUUACUUCUGGUGAUGGCAAGCCAGCACAUACAGAUUUGGGAUAUUUUUAUGGAUCAAGCUAUGUUUCAGCACCAGAUGCAUCCUGCACGCCGUCUUUAUCACGUAACAGUGAUGGUUUAUUAAUAACAGACAUGGAUCUUAACCUGUGUAGGCAGUUUAAAGACAAGUGGUGUUUCAGAAUGACUGCGCGAUACGAGUUGUAUGCGGAGACACUUGCUAAGUAUGUGAAACCAGACUUUGAGCCUCAAGUCAUCCGUGAUCCGUUACUUCAUAAGAGAUCCUCAUGACCUGUGCUAGAAAGUCUUGAUAUGCUUUCAUUGCAUUCUUUCCAAACGGUUUUCUGUGUGUGAUAUUAUGUCCGAAAGAAACAACCUCAAAUGAAGUUAUCAAUAUUCAGCUUGAUGUAUUAAAUUCAGUUCUCAGUAGACUGUCAAGAACAGGCAAAAUAACCUCUCUUUUUUUCCUUUCUAAGAUGCACUAAUUCAAUAAUGCAUAAAUAAAAUGAAUGUGAAGUAAUUUUCCUUUGUUUUAAUUA